AUGGGUCAGUGCCAGCAGUGCUGCUUCAACCGAGUGCGAGAGGAAUACCCAUGUCUGGAUCCAGGGCUUGCCGUGGCCUCCAUGAGCGAGCUGUCCGAGAAGGCGGCAGCAGCCGCAGCAGCACCUGCUCUCGCUGCCGCCCGUGCGAAAGCCGAAUCUGCAUUUCAGUCUUACUAUGUCGAGCAUGUGAAGACAAUCAGUGCAAGUUCGGACGCAAUGCAGAACCUGUACUCCAAGUUCCCGCUCGCGCCGAAGCCAGUGCCGAAAGCGCCAGACACUAGUGCUUCGCCGACAGAGACAGUAGAAGCGAAGAAGAUUGCUCCAGCAAAGACUGAACUCUCAACCCCGAGGAGGUCUAGGCUUUCGGAUGUGACAGCCCCACCAUCUCCGGACGACACUUUGGAGGACUGGGAGGGCGCAUCUGCUGACUCCUGUACGGAUGGAGCUGCUGCCGCGCCUUCACAAAAGGAGGCCGAAAAGUCAUGCGAGGUGGGUGAGGCUGAGAAAGCGCGUGAUGAGGCCGCAGUGAGCGACUCGGACUCAGUUGAGUAUCGCUUGCGGAAGGAGAUCGUGUCCCUUUUCUACUUGGAGGGGCCACCGAGCGGGCUGGUCGAAAGGAUUCUGAGCUUGAGGUCGCUUUAUGCUUCUGAGGCCUACAUCGGCUCUCACGAGAUGGCAACGCUGCGAUAUCUGACGUUGCUGUUGAUGUCGUGGGCACCUUCGGAGCUUGGCGGCCACGUUGCCACUUUGAGUCUUGAGCAGCAGUCUCAUUCCGUUGUGGCGUGGGCACUGCAGGCCUGCGAAGUUGCCAGUCGGCAAGACUGGCCCAAGUUCCUAAGCCUGUACACUCAAGCUGAUUUCCUGUCGGCGGUUGCCAUGGAACGCGCCGCGACGUAUGCCCGGCACGGAAUUAUGCGGCAGGUUGUCGAGAGCUGUCGCCUGCGACACGUCCGUCGCAUGUCUUUGGCAAAGCUGAAGUCAAUGGUUGCAGUUCGUGACACAGCUUUCUUCAAGCAUUAUGGCCUGCGGGUAGUCGCCGACGAGGACGCGGUGGAGCUGACUGGGGAGAACCUGCCGGCAGCAUUAUACCAGGGGAAAGAGAUGUUGGUCGCGAAAUUCAAGCUGCUGGGGCUGUCCGACGAGGUCCACCGGCCUCCGGUAGAAGACUCAGACGAGGACGAGUACGUGCAGGUGGCUGAGGGGAUCCCACACCUCAGUCACAAGCAGCGCAUAUCGCUGCACAACGAGAUAGAUCUACUUCACAUGCACGGCCACCGGCAAGCAAGCCCAACACGCAGCUGGUCACGUUUGGCUCCGGCUUGA